AUGGUCAAGCUGCUAGUCCAGGGAACACACCUUAACUUCUGGUCUAAACUGAUUCUCCCAACGACUCUAGAUACUAAGCAUUAGUGUCUAUGCGCCGAAGCCAUGGUGAGCGAGUCCCCGGGGCCCAGCGCCGGGGUCUCCUGGCGGCGAAGGGACGAGGCGCUGUGCGUGAACGUGGGCGGCGUGAGGCGGCGGCUGAGCGCGCGCGCCGUGGCGCGUUUCCCAGGCACCCGGCUGGGCCGCCUGCAGGCCGCGGCGUCGGAGGAGCAGGCGAGGCGCCUGUGUGACGACUACGACGCAGCAGCACGCGAGUUCUACUUCGAUCGGCACCCGGGCUUCUUCCUGAGCCUGCUGCACUUCUACCGCACCGGCCGCCUGCACGUGCUCGACGAGCUGUGCGUCUUCGCCUUCGGCCAGGAGGCGGACUACUGGGGCCUGGGCGAGAGCGCACUGGCCACGUGCUGCCGCGCGCGAUACCUGGAGCGGCGCGUGGCGCGGCCGCGCGCCUGGGACGAGGACAGCGACACGCCGAGCAGCGUGGACCCGUGCCCCGACGAGAUCUCCGACGUGCAGCGCGAGCUGGCGCGCUACGGAGCGGCUCGGUGCGGCCGCCUGCGCCGCCGCCUCUGGCUCACCAUGGAGAACCCGGGCUACUCGCUGCCCAGCAAGCUCUUUAGCUGCGUCUCCAUCGGCGUGGUGCUCGCCUCCAUCGCUGCCAUGUGCAUCCACAGCCUGCCCGAGUACCAGGCCCGCGAGGCGGCGGCCGCCGUGGCAGCGGUGGCUGCGGGCCGCAGCGCGGAAGGCAUGCGCGACGACCCUGUGCUGCGACGCCUCGAGUACUUCUGCAUCGCCUGGUUUAGCUUCGAGGUGUCGUCGCGCCUCUUGCUAGCGCCCAGCACGCGCAACUUCUUCUGCCACCCGCUCAACCUCAUCGACAUCGUGUCGGUGCUGCCCUUCUAUCUCACGCUGCUGGCCGGUGCGGCACUCCGAGACCAGGGCGGAGCGAGUGGCGAGGAUCUGGGUGACCUGGGCAAGGUGGUGCAGGUGUUCCGUCUCAUGCGCAUCUUCCGUGUGCUCAAGUUGGCGCGCCACUCCACUGGUCUGCGCUCGCUGGGUGCAACGCUCAAGCACAGUUACCGUGAGGUGGGCAUCUUGCUGCUGUAUCUGGCUGUGGGGGUGUCCGUGUUCUCCGGCGUGGCCUACACAGCUGAGAAGGAGGAGGACGUGGGCUUUGACACCAUCCCCGCCUGCUGGUGGUGGGGCACGGUGAGCAUGACCACCGUGGGCUACGGGGACGUGGUGCCGGUGACAGUGGCUGGCAAGCUGGCAGCAUCGGGCUGCAUCCUCGGGGGCAUCCUGGUGGUGGCACUCCCCAUCACCAUCAUCUUCAACAAAUUCUCCCACUUCUACCAACGCCAGAGGGCUCUGGAGGCUGCCGUGCGCAACAGCGACCACUGGGAGUUUGAGGACUUGCUGAGCAGCGUAGAUGGGGUUUCGGAGGCAUCUCUGGAGACCUCCCAAGAGACCUCCCAGGAGGGAAGGUCUGAAGACCUGGAGGCCCAGGCCUCUGAUGGGCCUCCAGACUCUCAGGGUUAUUAA